AUGCCUCCAAGCAGCGAGACAGACCCCCUAUUAGUCUCAAACCUAACCCGAGCACUGACUCGGAAAUCAAAGAAAUUCCUCAUCCUAGUCGUGUGUUCCAUUCUCACACUAUCGACUGAUUUUGGAAUUUUUAUGUUAAAUGCGCCGCAGACAGCUGUAUUUGAAGAGAUCAUCUGCCGGAAUUACCAGGUUGGUAUCCAUCAGGCUGGCGCUGGGAACACGAUCUUGGACCCAGGAACUGGAAAUGCUUUGCUGGAUCCAAAGGCUUGCAAAUCUGAGGCUGUGCAGGGAGAAUUGGCUAUCGUGAUAGGGUACAAGGAUACCUUCGAUGUCGUCCCUGGUCUUCUGCUGUCACUUCCAUAUGGAAUCCUUUCAGAUCAUUGGGGACGGAAGCCGGUCCUGUGCCUUUGCCUACUGGGCCUUAUUCUGGGCGAAUUCUGGGUGAUAAUAGUCUGCAUAUGGUCAAAUUACAUCCCUCUGCGGAUGGUCUGGUUAUCAUCACUAUUUAAGAUCAUCGGCGGCGGCGAUCCGGUAAUCUCUACUAUUAUCAACUGCCCUCUUUCGUCUGAACUCUGCUGCUAUCCUGGCGGAAAUCUUGGCUACGCCCAUAAGCGCCUAUCUGAUGACCUUCAGCCUAAUGCUCCCCUAUAUCUGAGGAGAACAAUCCCGGUCGUGUUUCUUCCUGAGACACUGGAAGACGUUAAAUUGAAGCAACCAACCCCAGCAGAAUCAGAUCGGGAAUCAGAUCAGACCACUGAAAAUGAGCGAGUAAAGCAGCGAAGGGGCAAGAAAGAAAUAUUUCGAGAGUUUACUCGACAGUCCCGCGAAUUCAUCGAGUCGACCCGAUUUAUUUGGUCCGACUCUAAUGUGUCUACUAUGAUUCUUGUGUUUUUUGUCACGAUAAUAGGGCGACAAUCCACAAACCUGCUUCUGCAGUAUGUGUCAAAGAAGUUUGACUGGAGCAUUGCUCGCUCGAGUCUUUUGAUCUCGCUGCGCGGUAUAUUCUCUCUUUUGACCUACUCAAUCUUAAUGCCAGGCCUAUCUGUGCUUGUCAUCAGAUACCCAGAUCUCCAUGGAAAAUAUAGAGACCAUGUAAUGAGCAAAUGGAGUGGCGUCCUAUCAAUCAUCGGUUUUGCGGCCAUCUCCCUUGCCCCGACACCAGCGAUCUUGAUUAGCGGCCAGAUCAUCCUUUCAAUUGGGUCAUCGUUCCUAGUGACCACUCGCAGUCUGGCCACAGCACUUGUACUGCCCGACCAUGUCGGCACCUUAUACUCUGCCAUUGCCAUCGCACAGUCGGUAGGUGUGCUUGUCGCAGGCCCGCUAUUCGCCAGCCUCUUUCGGCUAGGCAUGCAUCUUGGAGAUGCCUGGAUGGGACUGCCAUUUCUACAGGCAUCGCUCUUCUUUGCCAUGGCGGUCAUUGCCGUCUGGCGAAUUCAGCUUGGACCAUCGGUUCGGGGCGCCAACGAGGAGGAGCAUGAAUCUGUUUUACCCGAGCGCUGCUGA